GCCGCGUGGACCUCUUUACAAAAACAAGCCCAUCCUAUCAUUGAUUCAGAUUCCACAUUCUAUAAUUAUGUGUGACAGCAAUCCGAUGGACUUGUGUUCUCUGAUCUUUACGUAAUCUUGUACUUGCGUAAUUUAACUAGUUUUUGGUAACUGUUGUGUAUCUGGAUUAUUAAGCGAGGAUUUCUCUUGCGCUGUUUAUCGACUCCAUCCCUGCACCCGAUGUCCUUGCAUUAGACCGAGGAUACUGGAAGUGACAGUUCAGUGUAAACAUGUGUCUGAAGCGCCCACUGAAAAGGACCACAUAGUCUCGUAAGCCUUCAAUUAGCAAUGCCUGGGAUUCCUCCAGCUGCUGUUCCAUGCUGUUUUGUGAGGACGGAACAAUAGAGGACUAAUCCUUGACUGCGACUCACUGCUAUCAUGUUGCCUCCUCCAAGCAGAGCAAGAGACUACCUGCUGGACCGCUCCUACUGCAUGAGCAACCAGGUGAGGUGGCCCCUCUACCUCUCCCUGGCUCUCCUCUGGUUGCCCGUGGCCACAGGGUCCACCCUCAACUGUCACAAGACCUGCAUCUGCACCAGCAACAUAGUGAGCUGCUCCAAAAUGAACCUGACCACCGUUCCUCGAGGGCUUCCUCUCUACAUGGCCGUGCUGGACCUGAGCUAUAACGACAUUGCUCGCCUGCGGGCAGACUGGACCACAAUCAAACUGGUGAAGCUCCACAACCUCCUGCUCAGUCACAACGGCCUCCACUUCCUGUCCUCUGAGGCCUUCCUGUACGUCAAGCAGCUGCGCUACUUGGACCUCUCCUCCAACAACCUCCACCAGUUGGACGAGUUUAUCUUUGAGCCUCUGGUGAAGUUGGAGGUGCUUCUCCUUUACAACAACCACAUAGUUCAGAUAGAUCGUACAGCCCUCACAGGCCUGCUGAGCUUGCAGAAGCUCUACCUGAGCCAGAACCAGAUCUCACGCUUCCCCCUGGAGCUGGUCAAGGACAAGAGCCGUCUGGAGAAACUCAGCCUUCUGGACGUGUCAUCCAAUAGGAUCAAGGCCCUCCCCAUUGAGGAGCUGCAAGUACUGCCUGCCUGGAUCAAGAACGGACUCUACUUCCAUAAUAACCCCUUGCUGUGUAGCUGUGACCUAUACAGCCUGCUGGCCCACUGGCACAUCCGCAGGCUCAACUCAGUCCUGGACUUUAAGGACGACUACACCUGCAUCCUGCCGGACUCUCAGAAAACCAGCGUGCGAGCGUUCGACCUCAAUGGAGACUGGAUGAACUGCAGCACCUUCAGCGAGACAGAGCAGGAGACCUAUCUGGAACAGACCCUGCUUCUCAGCUGCGACACCAAGACCAGGUACAUGUCCAAGACCUGGGUGUUGCCCGGUAACGUGGUGGUGUCGCCUGGGGCCAAUCUAAGCGCCAAGGUCCUCCCGGAUGGUAGUCUCAAGAUCAGCCCGAUACGGCCCGAUGACGGGGGGACGUACACGUGCUUUGCGGUAAGCGAGGUCCUCAACGAGACUAUCUACGUGCAGGUGAAGGUGCACAACUUCACGCUGAACGGGGGCGGCGAGAAUCUAAACACGGCCUACACCACCUUGGUGGGUUGCCUGGCAAGUGUGGUGCUGGUUAUCAUCUACUUGUACCUGACGCCCUGCCGAUGUUUCUGCUGCCCUGGCAAGGGCAAGAACCACCGGGAGGACAGCAUCCACUCAUCGAUGCUCAGUGCCACACCUACCCACGACGACCCCGCCCAAAAGGCUGACCUGAACAGGCACGUUGCUUUCAUAGACCCAAAGGACCUGCAGGGCCAGAACGGCAACGUCAACCCCAACGGGGAGGAUGAGGAAAUGGAUGAGGAGGCCGGUAUGUUGGGGAAGGGCCGGAGAAAGAAGUCAGUGGCAGAGUCCAUCAGCUCGGUGUUCUCAGACACCCCCAUGGUGGUCUGAGAUGGUACAGACCUAAUGAAGUGUGGGACACGUGAACACAGAACUUACCUGGUGCAAUUUCAACCAUGUCGACAAAGCUAAACUGUGACUUUCUGGAAGUGGAGAUUAUGGACAGAAAACCAUUUCCUUCUACAGACCACUACCCUGAGAAGUCAGAGGCUUAAAGGGGAAUAUUAAGCCAGUUGCCUUGGUAAUUAACAAGGACAAUAUAUAUACCUUUCCAGCAUUUUAAUCUGUAGCACUUACAUAUACAUACUGUGAAUGCCUGUCAGUAAGUGGGCUGUAUUCCCAUGAUAAGUGAUAAGCUUUACCGUUGGUAUUACACUUCCUCUACUCACCAAGAGACGUGUUGAUUGGUGGAUAAACAGGAAGCACUUGAUAAUGAGUUUAGCAAAGAAAGUAGGAAAAAUAAUCCAGUCAUUAAAAUGAGCCUUGUAGACUCAUAUUUAGAUGUAAAACUACAGUGAAUCUUUUGUAGUUCUCAGCACAUACGAUAGGUGUAGACCACUUCACUCCUGUCCAGACUCAUAGAGACGUGAUGACAUCGCCAGGUUAGGAAUAGUUAUAAUCGGUGAGUCAUGUAGAGCAGGAAGGCAUGCCAUGAACACACAUCAUAUUCAGACCCAGACAGCGUGGGAGAGAAGAAAAUGUAGCGCAUAUAGAUAUACGUGUAUGGCUUAACCUCCUCGAGGAUAGCUGACGAGGUCAGAUAGUUGUUCAUAAAUGAGAUAGCAAUAGCACAAUAAAAAGUGACCGAUCAUGUUUGUGAUCAUCCUGACUCAUUCUCAGAUGUUUAUUUACAGCUGUCCUCACUUAAGGAGGGUUCACUUCUAAGUUCACCUCUUGAGUACCAUUCAUAUUGCCUCUCACAUAGAUUUGCCUCACACUGAGAGAUGUCAUUUGAAUUAGAGAGAAACGAGUUCAGUCGUUAAACGCUGGGAUUAGUGAGUAAUAAUAGCAAAGCAAUGUAAUGCACAAAACAACCAUAUUGUUCAUUGUGUGUAUGCUCUUAGUUAUCUAAUGUAAACUGUAGGUUAUAUAUGUUUAAACCUUAGACACAGGUACACUGUAGGUACAGUGAAAAUAGAGACUGCUGGGAAAUUGUAAUGAAACUGUUUCCUGCUCAAGGUCUGGUAUCAUUGUCCUCACCAGUCAAGCAAAGGUAUAACAGACUGUUCAUAGUGCUGUCUGUCUAAGGUGCCAUGAUCUGCAGGUUCAGACUACUCCUUUGUCUUCUUAUAGCAUUAGCUUUUCUCAACAUGUUGUGUAAAAAUGUCAAGCCUUGUCAGUGGUGGAAAGGGUCCUUGAAUAAUUUUGUUGAAAAUGUCUGUACACCUUAGUGAUAUGUUGUCGUCGCUAUAAUUCACAAAGUUGAAGGAUCAUAAGUAUGUGUAGAUGAAUAGGGGUGUUGGUGAUUUGUAAGCAUCCUACUUUGGGUGUGUAUUCGGCAUAGCUUCCAUACCAGUGGUUAUGUGUUUUUCUUAAUAUUAUGGUCUACGUUGCCAUAGAUUUUAUAUAGACUGGUAGUCCUCUUUACAUACAAUUAAGAGGUCUAGGAAAUUUCAUAAUAACACCAGUCUAUCCUGUAGCCAGUACUCAUAACUAGCCAGUACGUAAGAGUUUGUGUGUACCUGAUUGAAGUAGCCCCAUUAUUUGAAGUUCCCUGAUAUCAGCAGAAAUUACCUGUGCACCAUAAAAGUGAUAGGCCCCCGUCAGUGUUACACUCAAUCAAAAGAAAGCUAUCUCCUUCAAUUUCCUCCAUUGAUUAUUGGGUCCAUUAUAAAUUAAAUUAAUUAUGCAAAUGUAUGGAGAGUCUCAUGCUGUGGAGCCUAAUUUAACCGGGUUUUGAACAGACGUCCAUAUCUUGGCAAAAAAAUAAAAGGAGUGAUUGUAUUACAGUGAGGGUCUUUGUCAUGACAACGAUGAGGCUAUGAAUUUCUAAAUGCUGGUGACAUCUUUUGAUGGGAUAAGGCUUCCUUAUGCCUGCCUAUCCGCUUACACAGACAGGGAUAUUGACAGAAGGUUUUCCUCAGCCACACUGAUACAAAGGCAUUCAUCUUUUACCCAUGUCCAUUGGCAGCCUUGAUUCACACACUUUUUUUUUUUAGUAUUUUAGCCAUCUGAAAGCCACCCUUUGUUGGAUUGUAAAGCAGUCAUUCAGUCAAGCAAUGAACACGAGGCCCUCGUGUUUGUGCUCUCUCAUUUGUUCAUGAGGGAAAAGCCUUGAGCUUACAAACAACAUUUGUUUUCAUACUGAGUCAUCUGAUUUCAGUCUGUGCCAAAAUACGGUUACAGUCAACCUGGGACCAAAUAGUAUUUCAAAUACACUUUUUUUCCG